GUUCAUUACAAGGAACCCGUCCUCACGUUUUCCGCCCAGAAUUUCCAAUUUCAACUCCUUCCCGCCAAUUCAUCUCUCCUCUUCUCCCUCCCUUCCGCCCCCCUCUCACUCAGUCACUCCCACACAUUCAAGUUCACCAAACAAACAAAAAUGGAACCCAAUGAAACCUCAGAAAACCCUAAAAAUGUCUACCACAUCGGAGGAAUUCCCGUGGAAUUCCCUUACAAACCCUAUGGAUCUCAGCUUGCAUUCAUGGGUCGCGUCAUUUCUACGCUUGAUCGCGCUCAAAAGGAUGGCCAUUGCCAUGCGCUCCUCGAAUCUCCUACUGGAACUGGCAAGUCUCUCUCUCUCCUCUGCUCUACCCUUGCAUGGCAGCGCCAUCGUCGUAAAAUUUGCUCCAAUCUUCAGCAGCAGCCGCAGUCCAAACCCGAUCCUAGAGCUUCUUCUGAUCCUCUUAAUCAUGGUGGCGGUUUCGUCCUUGAUUCUCAGCUCUCCGAGACUUCAACACCAGAGGCAGCUCCACUUGCAACGAAAAACAAGAAAUCAGUGCCCACCAUAUUCUAUGCCACGAGAACUCAUUCUCAAAUCUCUCAAGUUAUCCGUGAAUACCGCAAGACUACUUACAGGGUCCCGAUGGCUGUUUUGGCAUCAAGGAAACAUUAUUGCACUAACGCAAGGGUACGUAAUGGAGAUAACCUCGAUGAGGAAUGCAAGUUACUUCUUAAGGACAAGGAAACUGGGUGUACACAGUUCAAAAAUGCUCAUAGAGUUAAAAGCCACCCAUCCCUCCAGAAAGGUGGCUGUCAUGAGGCUCAUGAUAUUGAAGAUCUUGUCAAAGUUGGAAAAACAGUAAAAGGUUGCUCAUAUUUUGCAGCGCGUUCAUUGGCUGAUGAUGCAAAUAUCGUUUUUUGCCCGUAUAGUUAUAUUAUCAAUCCAAUUACCCGGAGAGCAAUGGAAGUUGAUAUCAAGGGAGCUAUCCUUGUUCUUGAUGAAGCCCAUAAUAUAGAGGACAUAUCUCGUGACGCUGGUAGUGUGGAUGUUGAUGAGGAUGCUUUGCAAAAAUUGCAGAUGGAGCUAGGUCAACUCUGUGCAGGUGACACGUUGACUUAUCAGCCCCUGUAUGAAAUGGUCCAGGACGUCUUAAGCUGGAUGGAGCGUCGAAAAGGAGCCUUAGAAAAGCGUGAGUUUCAGCGCUAUGUUUCAUGUUGGACAGGAGAUAAGGCUCGAAUGGAGCUCCAGGAGGCAAACAUCUCGCAACAGUGCUUUCUAAUCUUGAAAGAGUGUGCUACGAAGGCUAUUAAAGCCGCUUCAGACAGUGAAUCAGGCUUAGCUCAUUUAAGUGGUAUUUCAGCAAUUACAUUGGAAGGUCUUUUUUGUUCACUUGCAUACUUUUUUCAGGGAGAUGGGAUUCACAUGAAUGAUUACCAACUUGUUGUACAACGACUUAUUAAGAAAGAUACCGGUAGCUGGACACUUACUUUCAGUUUGUGGUGCUUGAACCCAGCUGUUGUAUUCAGAGAGAUUUCUGAUCUUUCGUUAUCAGUGAUUUUAACAUCUGGGACUCUAUCACCAAUGAAUUCAUUUUCAUCUGAACUUGGGAUCCCAUUUGAUACUCUUCUAGAGGCACCACAUGUGAUUGACGUUGAAUCUCAGGUUUGGGCUUCUAUAAUUUCUACUGGUCCACAUGAUUAUCGUUUAAAUGCAAGCUAUAAGACAGCUGAUGGAUAUGCCUUUCAGGAUGCUGUUGGUAAAGCCCUGGAGGAGCUGUUCAAGGUUGUUCCCGGUGGUUCACUCGUGUUCUUCCCAAGCUAUAAGUUAAUGGAUAAGCUUUGUAAAAGGUGGACUGAAACAGGCCAGUGGUCUCGGAUGAAUGCUAGAAAACCUGUCUUUGUUGAGCCCAGAGGAGGAAGCCAGGAGGAGUUAGAAACUGUUCUGAGAGGUUAUUACAGUGCAAUUCAUCAAGACACAAAGCCAGCUCUUGGAAAAAGGAGAAAGGCUAAGAAAGUUAACUCUGAUGGUUUUGCUGCAGCUAAGUCAGUUGAAGACUGUAAGGAGGGGGCUGCAUUUCUCGCUGUUUGCCGAGGAAAGGUCUCUGAAGGAAUUGACUUUUCAGAUGAAAAUGCUCGUGCUGUUAUAAUUAUCGGUAUUCCUUUUCCAAAUAUAUAUGAUGUCCAAGUUGCAGAAAAGAAGAAGUAUAAUGACACAUAUAAAAGCUCCAAGAAUCUUCUGAGUGGUAGCGACUGGUACUGCCAGCAAGCCUUCAGAGCACUAAAUCAGGCUGCAGGCAGAUGUAUACGGCACAGGCAUGAUUAUGGGGCUAUAAUCUUCUUAGAUGAGAGAUUCAGUGAGGAAAGAAAUACAAUCUACAUCUCAAAGUGGCUGAGGAAAUCAAUCAGAACAUAUGAGAACUUUGAAACAUCAGUUGAUAGAUUGAAAUCCUUCUUCUGUAACACUAAGGAGAGGAUUGGCAAUUCUAGUAAGGUACAAGAUCCUGUUGCUGAUUUAGAAAAUAUUCCUCCUGAUGAUUCUGUUAAAAAACCCAUCGCAAAGAAAAGCCAGGCAUUGACCAAAUCACAAGUCAGCGAAAAGAGAUUUGUUUCUGGCAGCAUGAAGAUGCCAUCUGCUAGACGUUCUCAUUGUCUAUCAGGCUCAGCUGACACAGGCUCUGGUUAUAUGUCAGUGAGAUCUCAAAGCAAUGAUGGAAUUCAAGAGUCUGCACCAGUAAAUGAGGAAGAUAUUGACAACCAGAAAGAGAUUGACAUUGAUUGCCAUAGUGGGGAGGUUCUGAGGUGCUGGGGAAAUCCGUGCGCAGCAAAUAUUGAAGAAAGGCUAGAAGUUUCUUUCGUUAAGGAGACUCCUACAAGUGGAAACUACACUGUAGCUAGUCCUGAAGGAACCAUGAAUGAGGACAAUUCUCAUUCCACUGUAAUCCAGAUCUUUGAUGAGUUUGAUCAAGCAAGUCACGUGUCUUUAACAGACUCUGCUCAAUUUCCUUCAAAAGUGAUGUGUGCUGAAGUCACUCCAGAGAGAAGUGGCAUAGAAAACACCAAAGGGUUAACUCAGAAAAUAGAAUCAUCCGCAAAUUUGAGUGUUAAUUCUCAUGCCCAUAAAAGGCGGAUGUUGCUUAAUUCACAGCAGAUGAACUCGAUUCAGAAGAUGAAGUUUGACAUGGUGACUGUAGAAAAUACCGAGGACUUAAGCAUGACUGAUUAUUCCGUGUUAACUGACAAUGAAAAUCAAAGAACAAGAAAUUCGGAGGUUAAUUUCUCAGCAUGUGAACUUAAGCCUAGCAUUCAAUUUUCCAUGGCGAAUGAGGGUGAUCUAUUUUCCAAAAGUGGCAGUCUCAGUCUGGAUCAAAGAUUACAAAUAUUUUGUUCACUCUGCAGAAACCCACUAGGACUUCCUGGAAACAGCUCAUAUGUCACAUGUUUCUUGACAUCACUAUCAAAAAUUGUCUUGACUAGUUUAUUCAAAGGAAAUGAGCAAGGAUCUCGACAGACUUCACCAUCUCUUGUGCCAGUUCUGAUAGUGGAUAUUUUGUCAGUUGAUCAGAGACUUUAUAACAGGAAUAACAAAGAUAUCCCAAGACAGGGUAUCUGGUGCCAGGAAGAUGGAUGUGUAUACAAAUCCAUAUUCUGCCCUUUCUGCAUUUCUCCCAACCAUUGUCUAGGAGUGCACAUCAUGGCUGCUGAUGCGUCCAACAUCCAGUUGAUUGGUAAGGUACUCUUUUACUAUGAUCGUCUGGACGUUAAGAGUUGCCCAGGAUUAGAGAGCAAGGAAUCUUUGAUCGAUAACAUAAUAUGUCCAGAUCAAACAGUUGAUAUAAAUUCCAUUAGAAAAUAUGAAUAUCGGUCUCAGCAAAACAGUCCAGGGAGCUGGAGAACGACAAAAGUAAAGUCAAGACUUGUCAAGAGGAGCCCCAUGUCACAGUUCUAGACAAAGUUUCUUAAUCAUUGUGGAAUCAGGAAUGAAGUACUGGGUCUAGUAAAGCUAGACUACUGGGUCUAGUAAAGCUAGACUCUGUGCAGCUCUUGUAUAACACUUCAAUGUAACAUUCAUUAUGGUUUUCAUGGUCAAGGACACGAAAUUGAUUGAUAGGUUGACUUGAGCUAUAACACCCUUUGGCAGCGGGUUGAUAGAUGUGCUUCUUAUAUGUAAAGUUAAAAGUUCUGAACAAAAUCUCAGUGGAGAUGGUAACAUUUCCAUAAGAUUUUUGGCAUAGGAAUGUAUAGUUAGUUGAGUGGAAAUUAGUAAUGUACAAAUUGGUUGAAGUUAUAGUGCCCUCUUGAGCGUUAGCUUUGUAAAUUAUUGAUACUGCUAAUUGCAGGUGCUCAUAGCAACAUGCAUUAUAUUCUUAGAUCA